AUGGUUGCAAACUCCACGGCUCAUAUUAAUAAGUUUUUGUAUGGAGCAUCAGAUUUGGGGAAAACUGAGUUCAGAAAUUUGAUGUUACUUGGAGAUAUGAACAUCUCUAGGCUUAUGAAACAUGCUCAGCAUGUUGAGGGUGAUAAUCUUAGGGAACAGGAUAAGGAAAAUAAGAAGGCUAGAACUGGGAACCAAGACUAUUCUCAGGUUGUUGAAAUCGUUCGCAGGGUCAGCAGAAGUUUUCGACUCCAGCCCCUUCAUCAGCUAGUGUUCCAUCCUCCAAGAACAGGAAAAGAGGGAUGUUUUGGGUGCAUUCAGUCUGGUCACAGGUUUAGGGAUUAUCCUUCUAGACAAGGUCAAAGAGGUGGAAAUGGUAGAGCUCAGUCUACAACAUUAGCAGCACCAGCAAGUCGCCCAACUCAGCAAGGUAACUUAUCUGGUACAGGUGGCGGUUAG